AUGGACGAAAUUAGCAACAAAAAGAUUCAUGUUUUAGCUCUCCCUUCCCCUUUACAAGGUCACAUAAACCCAAUGGUUCAUUUUUCCAAGUGUUUGGUAUCAAGAAGAGUUAACGUGACCAUUUUCACGUUAGAUUUCGUUUGCAUGUCCAUGUUAUCGGACUGUAAUGGCUCAUUAAUCAACAUUGAGUCCAUUCCACACGACGAAUCGCCACCAAAUGGAAACAUUGAUGAUCUUCUUGAAUGGUACCAAGUACAAAUUACUAACAACUUUAGAGCUAUUGUUGAGAAAUUUUCAGAUGUUAAAGUUCUCAUUUUUGAUUCACUUGCCUCUUGGAUAAUUGACUUAGCACACCAACUAGGCCUAAAAGUGGCUGCAUUUUCUCCAAUACCUUGUGCUCCUUCUGCUAUAUAUUAUCAUAUGCAUCCAGAAACAAGUAAAAUUCCUUUAGAUGGUUCAACUUUAUCGUUGCCUUCACUUCCCUUGUUGGAAAAGGAAGAUUUGCCUUCUUUUGUAUACCAACAUCGUGAUUUACAUCCAACUAUUGCAAGACUUUUCUUCGGCCUGACUAUCAAUUUGAAAAAAGCAGAUUGGCUUUUGUUCAACACUUUUGACGUGUUAGAAAACGAGGUGAUCAACUGGUUAAGGACCCAAUAUUCAAUCAAAACCAUCGGACCAACUUUUCUAACAAUGUAUCUUGACAAGCAACUAAAAGAUGUCAAAGAAAAUGGUUUGAGUCCUAGUGGUGAAACUUGUAUAAAAUGGCUAGACUUGAGAGAAAUUGGCUCAGUUAUUUAUGUAUCAUUUGGUAGUUUGGCCAGUUUAGGAGAAAAACAAAUGAAGGAACUAGCAUCAGGAUUACUAAUGACCAACUGCUACUUUCUAUGGAUUGUUAGAACUUCAGAAGUGCACAAACUUCCAAAAGAAUUCAUGUCCAAGUUAUCAAAAAAAGGACUAAUAGUGAAUUGGUGUGCUCAGCUUGAUGUCUUGGCUCAUAAAUCAGUUGGAUGUUUUUUUACUCAUUGUGGAUGGAAUUCGACGCUCGAAUCGUUAAGUUUGGGAGUGCCAAUGGUUGGUAUGCCCCAAUGGGCAGAUGAACCAACUAAUGUUAAGUUUAUUAUGGAUAUAUGGCAAACUGGAAUUCGAGUUAAGGCUGGAAAAGAUGGUAUAAUUACUAGAGAAGUAAUAGCAAGUUCUAUAAAGGAAAUUAUGGAGGGGGGAAAAGGUGUAAUGCUAAAAGAGAAUGCAAUUAAAUGGAAACAAUUGGCUAAAGAAGCAAUAAAUGAAGGAGGAAGUUCUAACAAGAAUAUCGAGGAAUUUAUUCAAUCACUAUACACUAAGUAA